UGCAAGAUAAAACAUAACCUUAUAUUCCGAUUUAGAAUGUCGCAAAUAUGAUUUUCAAUGUUCAUAACAAUUGAAACAAUUUAUUGAAUAGAUGACUGUAUACCUAAUUAAUAAUUAAUAUAAGUGAAAAUGUUGCGUAUUUCACGUGUAUGUUGUUCAAACGUUGUCAAUUUGUUUAAAGGUGCUUCUUUGAAAGCCGGCAAUACCCUUGUAAACAGAAAUGCAUUUUCUGUGAUCAACAGACAAGACAAAAAGUUUCAAAUAUCUUCUAUUAAAAGCUUUUACAAAAAGUUUUCUUCUGAUGUAACUACUUCGGCUAGUCAGAGCAAUGCUUCAUCCAAAGCUGUAGGGUAUUGGCUCUUAGGCUGCGGAGGAAUGGUUUUUGUUGCUGUAGUACUUGGGGGAGUAACUCGUUUAACUGAGUCUGGUUUAUCAAUGGUGACUUGGAAAUUAUUAGGUGAAAAGAAGCCUACAACAGAUGAAGAAUGGCUUGCAGAAUUCACAAAGUAUCAGCAAUACCCUGAAUUUAAAAUAAAAAAUAAGGACAUGACUCUCGAACAAUUUAAAAUGAUUUAUUGGAUGGAAUAUGCCCAUCGAAUGUGGGGUCGAGCAAUAGGUGCCUUCUUUGCAAUUCCUGCUGCAUACUUUUGGUCUAAAGGAUUGCUUUCGAAAGGAAUGAAAAAAAGAGUAUUGAUUUUUGGUACUCUCAUAGGUCUUCAAGGUUUGAUGGGAUGGUAUAUGGUAAAAUCUGGAUUAGAAGACCGUUUUCAUGGACAAUCAGAUGUUCCUAGAGUCUCACAGUAUAGAUUAGCAUCACAUUUGAGCUUGGCUUUCAUUUUGUAUACAUUAUUUAUGUGGUCAGCAUUGGACCAUUUGCUUCCAGCACAGAAGUUUACACAAUCCAGCAUUACAAAGAGUGCUUUAUUAUUUAAAAGGCUUGUUCACACAUCUAAGUUAAUGGUAUUUUUAACAGCUAUCUCAGGAGCAUUUGUUGCUGGUUUAGAUGCUGGAUUAGUUUAUAAUUCGUUCCCUAAAAUGGCUGAUAAAUGGAUUCCUGAUGAUGUACUAGCACUUCAACCAAAACUUGUUAAUUUCACUGAAAAUCCGGCAACUGUUCAGUUAGAUCAUAGGAUAUUAGGAACGACAACCUUAACAUUAUUGACUGGAUUAUGGUUAUUUUCUAGAAAGGUACAAAUACCUCGAAGGGCAUAUAUAGCGGCUUCUGCAGUGGGAGCAAUGGCUUGGGUACAAGUCUUAUUAGGAAUUACUACAUUGUUAAAUUAUGUUCCUGUGCCACUUGCUGCUAGUCAUCAGUCUGGAUCUUUGAUUCUACUGUCUUUUGCAAUUUGGUUAUCCCAUGAAAUGAAGCAUAUAAAAAGGAUACGAGUAUAGAACAGAAAUAACAUUGUGUAAUUAGCUUU